CCUGCAGCUCCUGUAUUUAAAUGGAAUCUGCUGGUGCUGCCCUUUGCUAAGCUGAAGAUGGAGCAAAGCAAUCUGAAGCUUUAGUGAGAAACUCUGCACUAGUUCUCACAGCGUUCCAGACGGACAAUUUGACAAUCUGCUUUACACACACACACACACAAAAAGAUAAAUUGGCUGACUUAAAGUCAGGGGGGAGCUUUGCUUUCUUUGCUGCUGCUUAGAUUUUGUUCACAUGAAUAGUCAGACCAUUCAAAGGGGGAUCUUUUGUCCCUCUGAGGACCCCAACGGCACCAAAACUGUGGAGUCCCUUGACGCAUGGAAUGACUCGGGAGCGGUUGCCUACACACUGAUGGACCUGCCUCUUAGAGCCCCAACAAAGAUGACAGCGAAAGGUGUUCCUGGUGCCUUUCCUACAGUGGAUGUCCCAGACCAUGCCCACUACACAAUUGGAGCAGUCAUUCUUAUUGUGGGGAUCACAGGAACUCUGGGUAAUUUCCUGGUCAUCUAUGUUUUCUGCAGGAGUAGGACCCUUCAGAAGCCAGCCAACAUAUUCAUCAUCAAUCUAGCUGUCAGUGACUUCCUUAUGUCCAUUACGCAAUCUCCAGUUUUCUUCACCAACAGUCUCCACAGACGCUGGAUUUUUGGUGAGAAAGGCUGUGAGCUGUAUGCCUUCUGCGGAGCUCUUUUUGGCAUUACAUCUAUGAUCACUUUGAUGGUGAUUGCCUUGGACAGAUACUUUGUCAUCACAAAACCUCUGGCUUCUGUUCGAGUGAUGUCAAAGAAGAAGGCCCUAAUAAUCCUGGUAGGAGUCUGGCUGUACUCUUUGGCUUGGAGCCUCCCACCCUUCUUUGGAUGGAGUGCAUAUGUUCCCGAAGGUCUGCUGACUUCCUGUUCCUGGGACUACAUGACUUUCACACCAUCAGUCCGCGCCUACACAAUGCUGCUUUUCUGCUUCGUCUUUUUCAUUCCUUUAAUUGCUAUCAUAUACAGCUAUGUCUUUAUAUUUGAGGCUAUCAAGAAGGCAAACAAGUCUAUACAGACAUUUGGAUGCAAACACGGAAAUAAAGAGUUACAGAAACAGUACCAGAGGAUGAAAAAUGAGUGGAAGCUGGCCAAGAUUGCACUGAUUGUCAUCUUGCUUUAUGUCAUUUCCUGGUCACCAUACUCUGUUGUUGCUCUGGUAGCUUUUGCUGGGUAUUCACAUGUUCUAACACCCUUCAUGAAUUCAAUACCAGCUGUGAUUGCCAAAGCUUCUGCUAUCCAUAACCCCAUCAUUUAUGCCAUCACUCACCCGAAAUACAGAGCAGCCAUUGCAACAUAUGUUCCCUGCCUUGGAUCCCUGCUGAGAGUUUCUCCAAAAGACUCACGAUCUUUCAGCAGCUAUCCCUCCUCCAGACGAGCCACUGUAACCAGCCAGUCUUCUGAGACAAGUGGGCUGCAGAAAGGAAGAAGGCGACUAUCUUCUCUCUCUGAAAGUGAAUCAGGCUGUACUGAUAUGGAAACCGAUAUCACCAGUAUGAUCUCUAGUCCUGCUAGCAGACAGGUCUCCUAUGGAACAGGCAAAGACACAACCGAAACUAGUAACCUAAGAACCAAACCUAAACUGCAAAGACAUCAUUCUGGGAUUUUUGAGAAGGCAGUUGUAGAUGCUGAUGACAUACCAAUGGUGGAAUUGAAUGUUGCAGAGUAUUCCGCUGCACCUACUUGCAAGACAGCACAAAAACGCAACAUGGAGGAAAUACAAAGAGGUGAGUGCCUGAACGGUAUUGGACCAAGAAAAGGAGAGCCUCGCCAUAGACCAUCUGCAGCCCAGAUACCCAGCAUUAUAGUAACAUACAGCAACGCGCAAGGUGUAGAGCUUCCUUCUGGAUACAGCUCUGGUUUCCUAAGCCCUAAGAUCAAAAGCCACAGGCAGAAUAACAACUUCAAUAGCUGAGUGCUGCAAGACAGAAUAUCACCCUAGCUACUACCUCUGCAAGAACCAUGGACCAGCUGAAUCCAGAAGACCAUCUUACAUCACUCUGAAACACUCCUACAAACACCCAACACAAGACAAGCAAGGAUAAAAUCAAGGGGAGUAACCUGUUCAGCAUCAGAACUGUCUCCAGUGGUUCACUUCUUGAUCUGAAUCACAUUGCAAUUUUAUCAUUUCUUCUUUAUGCAGCUCAUAAAGUUAUUUCUUUCGCUUGGAUUUUACUCUUCUCAGGUAUAUUCUACCACAUCAUGGAUCCUACCUACAAGCCUACUAUGAUUAAUUUGAGAGGAGAGGGAAGUAUGAGAUCCAAAACUGGCCUUUGUUCACUUACUGUGAUUUAACUUCAAAGCUAUUUGGGGAAAAACUUACUUUACUUUCUGGAGAUGGUUUCUUUGUUAUUGAAGUUCCUCAAGCAAAUGAAAACUUAAUCACACAGUCAGUGCUCCCUUCUCUCAUUAAUAACACAUUUUCCUUCAUUUUCUUGUACAAUGCAAUUGAAAGGUAAUGCACUUGAGCAGUAAUUUGAAGUCUCAGAUGUUUAUUUUAAUUUCUGAGAUACUGGGGGAAGAGAAAGGAAUCACACUGACAACGAGUCUACACUCCUUUCCAUACUGAGCUUCUUUAUCCAAUAGUCACUUAAACACCAACUUAACCCACAAUUAGCCAACGUUCCAGAGUUAUAAGAAGUUUUCUGGAAGCCCCCUCCAACUUCCCUGAAGCAUGUUUCAUGAGAAGAAUGCAGAGUUCAAUUCAGUGUUUGUACUGAAAUGUCUUCUGGCUAAUUCAGUACAUUUGCCUUCCAGCACUUCACAGUGCUAUAUCUUUAGAUGUGUUUUUCCAAACUAAGCCUUGGGAGAAGAUGUAGUUCUCCAAAAAAGCAUUGUUCUACAUAUGUGUGGAAUCUGCACCAUUCCCAGUUUAGCACUUCAAUUUUUGCCUUCUCUAAACAGCAGCAUCCUUAUAGCCAAGGAUUUCUCCACGGUGACUAAAUCCAUGAGAUUGUACUUAUUUCCCCAGAAAGGAAAGGAAAACAGUGCUAUGAAAUAAUAGUAAUUUUCUGCUUUUCCCUGGUGCUCCUUCUAGAGCAUGAGUAUAAAUGGAGAGAAUUAAUUUGCGAUCUAUAGAGGUAUGUAUCACAAGAAUGAUGAGGUAUAGUCAGUCCACAGGGGGAAUAUAUACCUUCUAAACCUAAAAGCACAUGGCACAAAGAGCUAUUGAAACACUUCUUAACAAGGGAGCCCCAAUAGUUCUCCCUUUGGUUGAAUGAAUGAACCCCACAAGCAAUUUUAUCCCAAGUAAAUCAGUUCUUCUUUAUGUCACAUCAGAGAAAGCCAUAAGACCCUAAAAAUGUAACAUGCUUAUUUAUUCCGUUGAGAGGAAAACAACUUCAGUGGGUUCCAGAAGACACAGGGCACUGAUCUGAAGCAAAUUUUUGGAAACUUACUUGAAUUGAGGUUUACUAAGAGAAUAGUUAUUAAAAUUAGAAAUGGAGGUGAUAAUGACUUCUGAAGCAGCCAAAUAUCAGAUCAUAAAUAACUGGCCAGUUCAGACAGGUAAUAAACCACCAAAAGAAACAAAGUGUUCAAAAUCUAGGCUGUUUUUAUGGAAAUAAAAUCAUAGGCAUUAGACAUGGAAAAGAAGUAGUACACUUCCUCCCUCCACCUGCCACUACCGGAUAUUGUCUCCAGGCAGAAAACAAUAUUAAACUGAUAAUAUAUACAGCUAGCAACAAAGAAAAAGAAGGGGGGAAACAUAUCACCUUCAAACAGGAAGUACAUUCAAAGAUGUUCAUUAAGCCUAAGGAAUUUUGUUAUGACUUACUCUCUUGGCUUUUAAAAUUAUAUGAAAACAUGAAGCAGGUAAUUUUUCCCAUCCUUUGUCAUGAAGGCCAUGUGAAAAUAGAGAAGAAAUGCUAGCAAAUUCUGCCUGUUUCAUAUGGGUUGCAAAAGGUAGAACCUGUCAAGAAAAUAGGUCAAAGCUCACACAUGCUGUUUCUCGUGUUAGUAAGAUGCCAUUUGUGUAUGGUAUGUCAUUAAGAGCUAGACCCUUCACUCCUGAUAUGAUUUUACUCCCAAGAAGUAUGCUUGAAGACUACACACUCUUCUGUAUUCUCUUCCACUUUUAGAGGGUAUAAAAAGAGUAUGUGCAUGGAAAAGCCCCACGAAUCUACAGCAUGUUGUUCCGUCUACCCUUCAGCUGCAACAUGUACUAGAGAUUAGUUUGUAUCUAUAAAAAGAACUGCAGCUGCUAGUGCUUGUCUAGUUACAAGAGGCUUGAAAGGCAUAUAUUAAUUAGGGAGAAUUUGUUUGGGAGCAUUUCAAAACUCUUGUGUGUACUCCCUAUGUAACUAACAGCUCUGACUUUGCUUCACCUCUACCGACACUAGAAAAAUCAUUCUGGGGAAAGCCUUCAAAACUCAUUUCACCUGAAUCUGUCUCCAAGUCAUCCGCAUAGUAACCCCAGUGGCAUUUGGAAUAAAUCAUUAUUAGUUCAUAUUCCAUCUCAUCUUAGCAGCUUUAUUUGUGUCCUGUAUCCUCUAUUUGGCAGCCAUUUUUUCCGAUUUGCUGUCUCUUUACACCCUUUAACAGAGAUAUGACUGAUUGGAUUAAAAUAAUUUAGGACUGCGAUGAUUCAUGUUUCAAUUAAAGUCAACUGUACAGCCUGUUCUGCACUGGCGAGACUGCCUGCAGUUUACCAUGCACUUGGUAUGUUCCAGUGACUUGGAGGUGUGAAAGGACUAGGGCAAAACUGAGGCACUUCCCUUUGGCCUUUUGUGCUACAGCAGCUGUUGACAGAGCAGCCUGCUGGCAAAGGCAACAGCAAGCACUGUUGUGAGUUCACAGACAUGCUUUUUACCUCCAUGGGCUCCAGCUCAGAUUCAAACUUGGAUCAGAAGUGAAAAUGUUUCGUCUGAUCCUCCAAGCGAUUCUGCAAAACUGCUGAGUGCUCUACUGGUGGUCCUACAAUGAAGGUAUCAUGACCCCAUGUAACAGAAGGCUGUUCGAAGUCAAGACUGAAGUACUGCCUAGGAAGGCAGCUGCAAGCUGCCAGUCUUUCCAAUUUUCACAUACUGUCAAGGAUCUUAGUUCCUGUGGUUUGCAGGUUACAGCCUCGUCUUCCAUACUUUUGGGAAACAAUUUUAUAUCCAGCACUAGACUAGAAAGUGACAUCACAUGACAUUGAGUAAAUUUGCACACAUUCUCAUGUAAGACAGAUACAGACUGCUAUCAAAGAGCCCGCAGAACAGGGGUGUAAACACAGUUUUACUAGCAUUAUUGUAACCAACAGAAAGAAAAGGUCUCUCUCCACUCUGGUAGCAAAGAGCGGUUUUUCUUUUUGAAGUCCUAUGUAAAACCAACAGCAAGUUUGACAUUCAGAAAAAAAAAAAAAAAAAAAGGCACCUCCAAUGCUUUUUGGGGGUCUCUACACCCCUUAAGGCAUAAUGUGGAUAAAUUUCAUGUGCCCCUAUUUCUCUCAGUGUGACUGGUGCCAGGUGUUCCUUAGGCCAUUGCAGGAAGUGCUGCUGUGUAGCCCUCAUCCUUCUCUCAUCCCUCAAGGAAAGAUAUUAGCAUCUCAGUAACUCUGGCAGGGCAGCUGCAUGUCUCUGCUUCUGAAACAACAAUUUCCACAGGACUCUAAAGAGAGAGGGCCUUU